UGGAAUGUGGGAGGACAUUUCUCAGAGAGAACGUGCAAACUCAGCACAGACAGAUGAUCAAGCCUGAACUCGUUAAAAGGUCAGUGUGAGGCAAUAGUGAAAAAUGUGCCUUGCUCCGCAGUCCACUGAAUACGUGAAGAAAAAAACAACCAAGACAUGCCUGUUAUGAGCAAAAUGUAAACAGAAAUUAGUCUUACUGACCUAAAAUACAAGUAAACACAUCCUCACAGUCUUCCUGCAGUCAACUGUUAGGUUACUUAUCACUGAGAAAUCCUGAUAGAAAUGAAAAUGACUAUUACUACUGGCUGAUUACAUCCAAAAUGGUCACAUUUUGCUCAUUAUUGGCCACGUUGUGCCAAGCACCUUGUUUAUCUAGCUAGCAACUGUUACCUCACGAAGUUGUUUCACAGUAGAAAUAAAGAUGAUUAAUGCAACAGUUUGGUUUUUAUUUACUCAGACUCUAAAUUCAGAAACAUGUAAUCUUGACAAAGACGGACAGACUCAGAAAAAGUGACCUAGAGCAACAAUAACUCAUUAAAGCCGUGAAACUAAUUUUCUAUCAAGAGAUAUGUAGCUGUUGUUGAAGAAAAUUCAAGUCAACUGUCGUCUCGGCCUUCAAUAAGCAGUUCUGUUUCAUGUGGCCCUUUGGGAAAAUUAGCUGCCCAGGCUUGGAGACGAUCAGCCUGUAACUUCCAGCAGUCAUUCCACACUCCUUCAUUUAAACAUUUGAAGAACUGCAGACUUCCAAACCCCGGCCUGCUGGUGUGUGAGUGGGAGUGGUGCCAGCGGCUUCAGCGUGUUCAGGCAGGACGGGCUGUCUUCCUCGCUCUGCCUUUCCUCCACGGUUACUCUGCGGGGAAACCUCGGAGCUCCUCUAAUUGCCGACAUUUCCAAGUCUUUUAUGUCGCACUACGAUGGAGCAGUAGCAGAGUGACUCACUUUGACUGAGGAUGCAGGACGACUGGGAUUCACAGAGGAAACCAGAGGGAGAGAUCAGAGAUCAGCGUGUGCAGCCUCGAGAUGAGAGGACCGCGGUGCAGCAGAGGGUCUUCACCCGAUGGAUGAACGUGUUCCUGCAAAGACGGGAUCCUCCGAUCCAGGUGCUCGACCUGUUCUCAGACGUUCAGGAUGGCCGGGUACUCAUGGCGCUGCUGGAGGAGCUGUCCGGCUGCAGACUGCUUUACAGAUUCAGGUCAUCUUCUCAUCGCAUUUUCCGGCUUAACAACAUUUCCAAGGCGCUGGCUUUCCUGGAUGACAGGCAUGUGAAGCUGCUCGGCAUUGAUGCCACUGGAGUCUCCGACGGCGUUCCCUCUGUUGUUCUCAGUCUCAUUUGGAAUCUCAUCCUGCAUUUCCAGGUGAAGGAGGUGAUGGGAGGCCUUCACAGGCGUUUGUCUUCAAGCCUCACCUCCUUAUCUGUGAGCAGUUACCCAUCCUCCGAUGACCUCUCACCCCGGGGAGAUGAGCCUGGCAGCUAUUCCUCCAACACGCUGCCAAGCAAAGGCAGAAGAGCUGCAAGAGAGCCCAAGUACCAUGGGAAGGCACUGAAGUCGCUGCUGCAGUGGGUCCAAAGAUGCACUAAGAAGUAUGGGAUUGACGUGCAGGAUUUUGGGAGGAGCUGGAGAAGUGGACUGGCAUUCCUCGGCUUGAUUAAGUCCAUAAACCCAGACCUGGUGGAUCUGAGGGAGAGUUUUUGUAAAGAGCCCAGGGAAAACAUCCAGCAGGCCUUCAUGAUAGCCCAGCAAAGCCUGGACAUACCGCCUCUGCUGGAGCCUGAAGAUGUAAUGAGCUCUUCACCGGAUGAAAAGUCCAUCAUCACCUAUGUGUCGAUGUUCCUCGGCCUUCAUUCACUCUCAAAUGAGGGUCAUACAACAAAUUCGGAAAUUCCUGAAAUCCCUAAUUUUGGAUCUCCAGAGUCAGUCGGUCUGGGUGAAACUCUCGCAGACGAUCCAGAAGCACAAACGUUCCUCAAAGGCUUGGAGACGAGCAGCGAGCAGCAGCUGUGGAAACGGUGGUCCAGGAAGUCAGGAAGCACGCGUCCCGCUCUGCUCGGAACAAACGGAGAGACCAAAAGCGUCUCUGAGAGACCUUUAGUAAGGAACGCAGGCAGGAGUCGACGCUCUCUGCAGCCACCCAGUCCGCUGGACGCCACCGUGAUCAGUCCAGAAAUCCAGUCUUGGAUGGAGAUGGAUUCAGGUCGGGGCCACGGCAAGCGGAGAUCCGACGAUAAUCACAUUUCCCUGAGCUCCGAGGAAGGAAUCUAUACCCUGCCAGCGUUGGAUUCAGAUGAAGAGGACGCUUACAGCUACAUCCUGGACCUAAAUAAAGACGUUUUUCAGCCAUAUAAUCAGCUGAAGAGACAAGUACCAAAGGUUGAGGAGGAAACAGCAGAAGAAAUGAUUGAAGAGUUGAAACGUCCAGAGGUGUGUCAGACAGUUAACGGUGGCCUGGAGAGCCCAACAUUACAGAGCGAAGAUUUAGAUCAGGGAUCACUCAUUGAGGCCGAGUCAGAAGUUCACAGGAAGUUUAAUCUGGACAUGAAUGAAAGUUUCCUGAGAGAAGUAACGAACAACAGAGGUGAGUUUGACCCGGAGCCAGGAGCUGAGAGUGGAAGAAAAGAGGAGAGGCAACAGGGGAGAGCUGUUGGAGAACAGAGUAGCAGUGAUGGAGGCUGCGGCGAGGAAGUGGAGGAGAAGAAAAUGGAAAAUGUGAGAUGGGUGAAAGAUGUCUCUGAUGAAAUCAGUAAUGAUGCGGUGAAAGCAAAGGUUUCUAAAGUGGCUUGUUGGCAGAAAAGUGUUGAGGAAGGAGAAGAAGGAGGGCUUUUUGAAAGACGAGUGAGCGAGUGGAGAGUGGCACAGGACGAGGAUGAGAGAGAACAUUUGGCAAGAUGUGAGAAUGUGCACAAUUUAGGGAACAUUGGAGAGGAGAGUGAAGUGAGGGAAAAGGAGCAGAGAAUGAAGUCACAGAGUUGUGAAGUCAGAGGAAAAACUUUAAUCACCCAGACUCCAGUCUCCACAAAGGGAGAAGGUGGCAGAAGCCGGGUCUUUGAGUGUCAAGGCAAAAUACUUUCAAUCAGAAAUCCCAAAGAUGAAGAGGAGAUGGAAGAAACGAACACCAAGAACGAUCAGGAGACAGCAGCAGAGAGGCCAGCUCAUGAAAAUGACACAGAGGACGAGGAGGACGCCCACCAUGAAGACGAUGCUGCGACUGCCGCCUCUCAGUCAGUCAGCAGUGAGGAGGGAUUCGCUCCACCAUCUCCACCCGCCUCCUGUGAUUUAACCCCGUUGGAGCUGGAGGUGCUGCUGGUCCUGUGGAUCCUGCUCUACUGCUGCCUCCUCCUGCCUCAGAUGAACCUCUGAGUCUCCCCGCAGCGCAUCCUUCUUAUUACGAUAUGCUUAUUAGUCCCGCUUUCUACUAAUGAGCCGAACAGGGACACCUCAGGCCGGGCCCACUCUCUAUCUGUGUCACCGAAUUUCCCUCAUGGCGAUUAUUUAAUGAUUGUUUGUUUCUGUCUGCCAGCAGAUAUAAUUUGUAAUAAUUCGGGCUAUAGUGUCAGAUAAACUCUGUAAUCCCCAUUAUUACACAGAUUCCCAGCUGCUCGGUCUCAUGCUGCAAACCUUAUCAGACCUUGUUUUUUUUUUUUUUUUUGGUUUUGUUUUUUUUGCUGCAUGCAUGUGCAGAUUAGAAGGAAAGCCUUCAGUCCUUUACAGUCUCAGUUGACUCAGCCGACCACAUGAGGGCAUCGCAGCUUCAGAGCAGCCAGCGUCUCUGCUGCCCACUGAGACUCCCGCCCGUUUAAUUAAAGCUGUAUUGAGAUUAAUCUGAUCGUAUUUAAUGAGCUCUUUGGCAUUUUGCAGCCUCUUAAUGUGUCAUUUGUGGCUGAAGAUGUGUACAGUUUGGCUGCUUUUCAUCUCAGUUGUGAGGAUCUUUCCAGGCUUUCCUUCUGGAUGUUUCUGUGACUGUACAGGGUUUCCCCGAGAAAACUUGCUAAGCCUGGUGGUUGGACUGCUCGAGAAGCCCACCGUCUUUAUGCAAAAAAAAAAAAAAGUUGACAUUAUGAUUAUUUUGUGUUAUUGUAACAUUAACAUUAA